UGUCGCGUUAAAAAACUGGGCGGCUAAAAUAAUAUCCGAUAGUUCAAACCACAAGUUUGCUGCUACGUGAUACAACUUGAGCGAGGAAUCAGUCGCGACCUUACGCCACGGAAAAGGAUAGGCGCGGCAAUUAUUGGUUUCCGCAUCCAUCCCUCGGGUUUCUCCUAUUCGAUUCCCACCGGGCCAAAGAAGUUACCGGUGUUUCAUAAUGAUGCUGAUAGCGAACACCCAUCCGCCUUCAUCGCCACCCUCCGACUUCGUCCCCGUCCCCCAACUCUCUCUCUCUCUUUCUCUCUUCACGGAAUGCGCCCGCCGCUCCCUCCCAAACACCCCCACGCCCACCGAGCCGUCCUCUCUUUCCUCUCCCUCGUCCUUCUCUUCUUCUUUCUCUUAUACCUCUCCCUUACCCCUUCCCGGAAGAAACCCUCCCCUCUUCCUUCUCCUCCGCCUUCUUCCCGCAAUGCCCCCGCGGACUCCCUCAGCGAUCCUCACCGCCUCUUCCUCUCCCUCUCCCCCGGCGCCAAUGCUAGCAUCGCAGCCCACCUCCGCACCCUCACCCUCCGCCCCCACCUAGCCGGCACCCCUUCCGCGGCCCACGCCGCCUCCUACGUCCUCGCCCACCUCCGCUCCGCCGGCCUCCGGACCCUCGUGGCCGACUACUACCCGCUCCUCUCCUACCCCGCCUCCGCCUCCCUCGCCCUCCUCCGCCCUGACGGCGCCCUCCUGAGGCCACUUCCCCUUGCUGAGCCCGCAGACCCCGAGGCCGCCGCCGUGCCGCCGUACCACGCCUACUCCCCCUCAGGCGCCGCCAUGGCCCCCGGGGUGUUCAUCAAUUAUGGCCGGGAGGAGGACUACCGGGCGCUCGACCGGCUUGGUGUCGACGUCAAGGGCUGCGUCGUGAUCGUGCGACGCGGCGGCGGGUACCGGGGUGCGGUGGUUGUGAGGGCCGCGGCGAGAGGCGCGGUGGCUGUGCUGAUGUUUAAGGCGGCCGACCGCGGUGGAGUCGAGAGGGGGACCGUGUUGCUCGGCGGGGUCGGCGAUCCGCUGACCCCCGGGUGGGCGGCUCCUUCCGCCGCCGCUGCGCCGGACGACGGUGGGGGCGAGAGGCUUGACGCCGACGAGGAGGAGGUGAGGCGGAGGUUCCCCAAGAUUCCGUCGUUGCCGGUGGCGGAGGCUGUGGCGAUGGAGAUUUUGAGGACCCUGGGUGGGCCCCAGAUGCCUCGCGCUUGGAGAGACGCGUUGCCUUUGGCGGAGGACGGCGGCGUCGGACCGGGCCCCACGUUGGUCAACCUCACCUAUCAGGAAGAUAAGAAGUUGGCAAAGAUUCAGAAUGUUUUCGGUGUCAUAAGGGGAAGUGAGGAGCCAGAUCGUUAUGUUAUCCUUGGCAACCACAGAGAUGCAUGGACAUUUGGUGCUGUGGACCCCAAUAGUGGAACAGCUGCACUUCUUGAUGUUGCUCGCCGUUAUGGGAGCUUGUUGCGCUCGGGCUGGAGACCUCGAAGGACAAUAAUCCUAUGCAGUUGGGAUGCAGAGGAGUUUGGAAUGAUUGGAUCUACUGAAUGGGUUGAGCAGAACCUUGGAAAAUUGACAUCGAUGGCUGUGACAUACUUGAAUGUCGAUUGUGCAGUUCAAGGUGAUGGUUUUUUUGCUGGUGCAACUCCCCAGUUGGACAAGCUUCUAGUUCAAGUUACAAAACAGAUCCAGGAUCCAGAUUUGGAAGGCAGGACGGUUUAUGAUUCUUGGGCAGCAAAUAAUGAAGGUAUCAGUAAGAUUGAAAGACUGGCUAGAGCUGAUUCAGAUUUUUCUGCAUUUUUACACCAUGCGGGGAUUCCUUCUGUGGAUUUGUACUAUGGUGAAGCAUUCGGCGGCUACCAUACUGCUUUUGACUCCUAUAAAUGGAUGAUAGAACAUGGAGAUCCAUCAUUUCAUCGCCAUGUAGCCAUUGCUGAACUUUGGGGCCUCUUAGGUCUUCGGCUAGCAGAUGAUCCAGUCCUACCUUUUGAUUACCUUUCUUACUCUACCCAGUUACAUGAUGGAAUGCGGGAGUCACAACUGAUCGACGGAGAAUUUCUGUCGAGGACCAAAAUUGUCUGUGUCCCAUAUUCUAUGCAAAAGAUGUGCCGAGGGGUACAAAAGAUGUGCCAAGUUAGUUUCAGGUUGUUGUGGGCAAAAGAAGUUGGUAAGAUGUUUAAAUAUUCGAAUUCAAUCUAGCUAGUCUAGAAUAAAAACAUACAUGGAGACAAGGUUUGCAAUACCAUCUGAUAUGGUUUGGUAUGGAUGGUAUUUACUGGUACUUUUAAACGUUCUAGCCCCUCGAAGUUUUGCAAGUUGCUGGUAUCCAGCAGAAAAACAUUACCGGACAAAAAACAUAUAUUCAGUUUGUUGCUGUCAGGUGCAAAACGUACUGGCCCAUCGCAUGUUUUUGAAAAUCGUUAUGUAAGGAAGUUCAAAUAUGUCAUAUCAAGCAUAUGGUUUUUCUAGGACAAUGAAGAUCAUAUGUAUGCCUGGUUUUCAUGUCUGAGCUUUUUCAUUGCUUUUCUUAGUCAUUUUUUUAUACCAACAUAAUUAGUUUAUAGAAAGAUUUUUCUUUGUUUUGUUCUAAUCCCAAUAAAAUUUUUCUGUAGUUGUGUUUUCUGACAUUAAUUUAAUUACAAUGAUUGAAAGUUGAACAACUUCAAGCAGUUAUCAUAGUGCUUUAUGUUUAGUAUUAUCUAGUUUCUAAUAUUCUUGCUAGAUUAGCUAAUUCACAAAUUAAUCCUUUAUUAACCAAGCAUUCCCAUCCCUCCAUAAUGUAUCAUUUAGCUCUCUGGUCCUACCUGCUUUAUAUAUCGAUACCCUAUGUGGCUUAGUUUCUCACAAACCGACAAUUUGUUUGUCUUUCUCUACAUCCAAUACUAGGUAAAAUGAACUUCCGUUGAGUAAUUUAUGAAUUAAUGAAAGGUUUGUCUCAACCUGUAUUUUCUUUUCACUUUAUCUAUUAUCAAACUCCUUCCCUCACUUUAACUAAUUUUCCUCUAGGACCAAACUUAUAUUAGUUGUUCUCAUAAGCAUUAAAUGAACAUAAACUGUAACAUCCUCAGAUUAUGAUGUUAAGGUGCUUCAAACAGUUAGGCAUACAUUUUUUACAAAAAGUUUCUUCAUGAUAAGGAAGCUUUCUUCUGCUUUUAUGGACCUGAUUUAUAGAUUUGA